AUGACCACGGCGUCGGGAUUGUCCGAGAAUCCGUCCCAUUCGCUACUAGUAUUGCCCGACUGUACCACUCGUGGCGCCCGCGGAAACAUUUCGUUAAAUGCAAACAAUUUGUUGGUUUUGAGCGCCGGUGAAGACAAAAGUGGGGAACUGUUGGACUCAAUGGUGACCCGACCCGGAAGUGUCCACAUUAUAUACAAAAAGAUAAUACCAACAAAUGGUACCACAAAUGGCACUUCUAGUGACGUCCGGGCCAUCAGAUUCGAUGGAGAGUUGAUCCAUCGAUAUAGAGAAGUGAACAACACAUUCGUGACGGACAGUAAUUCCCCGCAACGUUACGCUGACACUCGUGAACACAUUCCGGCCAACAUUACCGGCACUUUUACCGGUCCCGACAAAGACAUCUACUUCUUCAGAGGCAAUCAAUUCUGUAAACGACCGCUAAAUCUGCGGCAAAAUGUCACCAAUGAUGGGUGUGGCCAAUGGUAUGAUAAUCAACAACUCUUUGGCUGCGAGAGCGACGGCAUGAAGGAUAAGGAAAUCUGUGCGAACUCGACGGUAGAGGGGGUUUCGUCAAACAAGUUGGACCCCUCCGGGAGGCAAAAGUAUAUAUUCAAAGGCACUUCCCGUUGGCUGUUGACUAUCGGCGCCGAUUAUAUAACCGGCAAAUUGACGCAAAUGUGCAAGAUGGUUAUUGUUAACAAACGUCAUAAGACUGAAAGUUGUAACGAGGUGAGAUUUGACGGAGAACUGAUCCAUCCAUACAAAGAGGUGAACCACACAUUCGUGACGGACAGUAAUUCAUCGCAAGUCAAUGGACACGACACGAAAGCAUUGGCCGACUUGUGCUCCGAUCUGAACAUCGGAGACCUCGACCGGUCGUUGCAGAGAGAGGACACGGUAUACGUCUGGAGGGGUAAGAAGUUCUGGAAGAUCGCCGACUUUCCGCGGGCGCCACGAGUGGUACAGUCGGGCAAUACUAGUAGCGAAUGGGACGGAUUCUCGGACAAUCCCGACGCUGUGGUCAUCAUUCAAGAGGGUAAGAGGAGACGCGGAUUUUUUUACGCCUUUUUUGGCGGCUAUUGGUCGAGUUGGUAUCCGAACGCUAAGCCGUGGAUCAGCUACAAGGCCUGGUGGGGUCAGCCAACCGGGUCCAUGAAGUUUGGCGCCACAAUGCAUAACGGCGAUAUCAAUAAUCCACUCGUUCUCGGCUUCGAUGGAUCGCAAGUGCACACAUACGCCAGCACUGGCACACUCUUAGAGGUGAGAAACACAACACUCGUGGACGAAACGGACGAGAAGUGGCCAAAAGACAUCACCGCCGCCAUGAGAAUGGCAGACAAUACGGUAUAUCUAUUCCGGGGCGAUAAGUACUGCAAACGAAGCUGGAAAUGCAAAGAUGGUGAUUGUGUCCGUAUAUGUUAUCUAACCCUGUUGAGGUGCGCCGGUGAAGACAUUGGUAGUGAACUGUUGGAAGCAGUGUUGACCCGACCCGGAAGUGUCCUAAUUGUAUCUAAAAAGAUAUUAUCAACAAAUGGUACCACAAAUGGCACUUCUGGUGGCGUCCGGGCCAUCAGAUUCGACGGAGAACUGAUCCAUCGAUACAAAGAAGUAAACAACACAUUUGUGAGGGAAAGUAAUUCCCCGCAACAUUACGCCGACACUCGUGAACACAUUCCGGCCAACAUUACCGGCGCUUUCAUCGGUCCCGACAAAGACAUCUACUUCUUCAGAGGCAAUCAAUUCUGUAAACGACCGCUAAUUCUUCGGCAAAAUGUCACCAAUAAUGGGCAACUCUUUGGCUGCAACGUCGGUGUUAUCAAGAAUAAGGAUAUCUGUGCAAACUCGACGGUUGAGGGGGUGUUGUCUAAUAAGUUGGACGCCUCCGGGAGGGAGAAGUUUAUAUUCAAAGGCACUUCCCGUUGGCUGUUGACUAUCGGCGCCGACUAUAUAACCGGCAAAUUGACGUUAGAUGAAGUAUUUGGGACUAAAGUCGGUAAUAAUAAGCCUAACAUUCAAUCAUCGCAUUCAUCGGAUGUAAAGACUAAAUCAGAUGAAACCGAUGAUAACGACUAA